AUGUUAAGAUUACCUGAGCAAUUAAUUGCCGAUGUACUUGAUCGGCUGGAGCCAGACGACCUCGCCACCCUCCAGCGGACCACCAAGGGAUUCAGGCAUAUAAUUCUACGACGUGGAUUGUUCCCGGGCCGUGUCCGAGCCCUCUAUAUUCAUGGAACAGCGGCAAAAGUUAAGCAGAAAAAGGAAUUAACGCUACAGAUCAAGAAAUAUCACCCUGUAAUACGCCGAGACCCGCUGAUACUCAGCUUGCCUUUUCCCCAGGAAAAGAAAAUGAAGAAUGAAGAGCACACGAGAUGGCGUCGAUUGAAGAGAAAUGUCGGCUUAAAAAAGCAGCGGCUGCUUAAGCUUGUCACUCGCAAGUCGGAUGGACGAGCAAUGCUAACGGAUGGGAGACAGCUCGGGCGCGUGAUUUCUCGAAUCACCCAUAUCGGCUGGUGCCGAUACUCGAUGUGCUUCAAGUAUCUAUUCCGGAACGUGCCACGCUUCCUGGGCGGGCGCCCGGAUUGUUUUGAUCUCAAUGAGGAAUUUAGCAUACCACUGCAGCAUGAUUUCCAGAGAUCUCGUCGACCGCGUGAAGUAAAAGGGUACCGGAGGCAGUGUGAAGGAUGGCCUGGGAAAGCAUUGAUAUGGAGAAUUGAAACUCGUUUCUACGAAUGGCUGUCGGAAUUUAUUCAACGUCCGAAGGAAUCCCGCCGACCUGGUUUUUUGUACAUUUUCGUUGGGAAAGGUUCGCCACACCGGGAUGGCCACGAUAUAUUCUCCAAAAGGAUACAGGCUGGAGUUGCGGCCCAUCUGCCGGCUUUCGUGCAAAUAGACUGGCCUCAAGAAAGCGAAGCAGUGGCGAAGAUUCGAAAAGCAUUCGACAGAUAUGUGGCACUGAGGGAGCAGCCGUACAGGGAGCCUCCCGAGCUACACAAUCUAUGGCGGGGAAAAUAUGAACUGGGUCCGCUCUGCGUGUGUCGUUUCUACCGCGAGGUUGGACGCAGCUCUGGUUUGACGCUGAUGCUGACUGGCCAUAUUCAACAAAUUUGCAAAAGCGGAGCAGUCGGUUACAAUAUUGUUUUUUCACUGAUGGAGGAUGCGGAUGAAAAACAAACG